AAUCAACAACCCCAAUUUGCCACAGUGUACAAAUUCUUCGCACAUAAUUUUGUGCGUACUACUCGUAACAAUAACAUUACUGCUGCCUGCUGGACGAGACAUCCGCGAAUCUCUCGCUCAAUCGUCCAGAUAACUCAUCAAAUCAUAUUCCUAAGGUAACCCGCUACUAUCUCGACAUGAUUCGCGGGAUAUUUGGGUUUUUCGCGCCUAUAGAAGCCGAGCCGUGCAAAAGGGUUUUCUGAUAUUUACGUUUUCAAUUAGCUUCUUCUCAUCCCUUCGGCGGCAACUCAUCCCGAUAUUAUUCGAAGAUAUGGGUCGGCCGAAUCGUGCAAAGGACAAGGACAAGGACGAUGAUCCUCCUCGUACCCAGAAUGCAAAAAGAUUGGAUUGUCAAAAGUCAAUAUCAGAUCGUGAGAAGGCAAAUUUAGAUCGUCUAAAAGUUUCAAUGCAACGUGCAAAGGCUUUGGGUGGUGAGAUUCCAAUAUUAAAUAGUCUAUCCCCUCAAAUCCCAACUUCUGAUUCUCAAUUCCAGAUAUGUGGAAGAACACCGAGUCUCACUGAAAGCCAAAGAUCAAUAGUUGCGGAUGCAUUGUUUGCUUUUCCACGGGGCUCAGGAGCACCUUGGGUAGGAUUUACCGCUUAUUUUCUCUUUGAAUUUGCUUGCGGGUAUGCACUUUUUGAGGCCCAUGGAGUGAAUGAACUUCAUAUUUCAAACCGCAAACACCCUCUUUCGCUCCACUUUAAAUCACAUGAGGAGUAUAUUAACCGCCCUCACCAAACAUUCACGCUAAAAGCUUUUCAUCCCUUUUCAUCAACUGCUGACGCUCUCGUUCAAAUGAAUGCAAUAUCCAAUUCGACACUGAGUCAACAGUUAAGAAAUUUCCUUGAGAAUGAUCUUCCAAACCCGUUUGAUGGCCAAACAAGAUAUUAUGUCUCAACUAUGGAUAUGGAUUUGGGACAUAAUAUAUCAAAUGCAUUGAGAAUGUCCGUUGAGUGUGGUCUGCAAAAUAAUGAUCUUAUGCGUAGUUUACGGAUGAACAUUGAAAAAUUCAUCGAUGGCUUGAUGCCUAAAGACGUGGAAAAUGCUCAACAGAAUUUGGCACGCCUAUAUAGUAGACAAAUGUGUACUUCAACGCACGCACAAAGUUCCACGAGAAUUUCAUCUUCUUCCGUACAACGAGGGUUGGUUGUACCAUAUAGAUUUGAAGGAGUUUUCAUCGCCAGGGGUAAGGAGGAUUUAUUUGUACCAGAAAUUUGGUACCCGGUGAAGCUCUUUAUGGUGAGGAAUUAAUAUUUGUUCAGAAUGAGGGUGGAACCGAAGUUGAAUACAGAGUAUGGAAUCCGCUCAGGUCGAAUUUGGCUAAUGCAAUCAUGUGCGGUAUUACCAAUAUAUGGGUUAAACCUGGAUCUCGUAUUUUAUACCUGGGAGAUGAUGUGUGUCAAAUUACACUUUCACAUUUGUCUGAUCUUGUUGGUCUGGAUGGUUUGGUCUAUGUAGUGGGGUUGUCUGAUGUUGCAGUAAAAAUGGCGGAGAAGAGGCCAAAUGUUAUAACAGUUUUCCAAAAACCUUCAUGUUUUGGGAAGUAUCGCAUGGUUGUUGGCAUGGUGGAUGUAAUUUAUGCUGAUAUACAUUCAGACGAGGUACAUACUAUUAUUAGUAAUGUUUGUUACUAUCUUCGAGCUGGUGGGCAUUACUUGGUCUACACACGGGCAAGCAACAUCUAUUUAACUACUCGAGGUAAAGAUCCAUUUGCUUACCACCCUCGACGGAAGGAGUUUACACCAAUUGAAGCAGUCAUGUUGGAACCGAUUGACAGAGAAUAUUCAAUGGCUGUUGGUGGUUUCCGUAUGCCGGAAGAAUAGAUUUACAAUCACAAUUGUGUUUUCGGGAACUUUCUUUGAAACUUUGGUUUUCAUUCCUUUCUUUUAACGAAAUGAAGCUUGCAUUCUGGGAACAAAGUUAUAUUUCUUUUUC